AUGAAGUCCAGGGGAGAUCCCGGUGGCCGCUUCACCCUGAAGAUCCACAUGCCAUCGACUACGUUCACCGCAGGGGGGGGGAACCUCGUCAACGUAGGUGCCUGUGGAUCUGGGACGAGGGACGAGCACGAGGAGAGCGACGAGAAGGCCAAGUGUGAGAAAGAGGAGGGGACAACGGAGGCUGAGAACGAGGGAAAACAGCACGGGAGGGGCGAGGAGGAGGAAGCGGGGGACCGGAGAGGGGAGGAGAGGGGGAGGAGGGAGGAGAGGGAGAGGGCAGCAGUGAAGAGAUCGAAGAAGAAGAAGAGAUCGAAGAAGAAGAAGAAGAAGAAGAAGAAGAAGAAGAAGAAGAAGAAGAAGAAGAAGAAGAAGAAGAAGAAGAAGAAGAAGAAGAAGAAGAAGAAGAAGAAGAAGAAGAAGAAGAAGAAGAAGAAGAAGAAGAAGAAGAAGAAGAAGAAGGGAGGAGAGAGAGGGCAGCAACGCUCGGGCGUUGCUGGCAUACGAAGAGAUCGAAGAAGAAGAAGAAAGGGAGGAGGACUAUCGGAAGAAGUUUGCAGUGAUGGUGUAUCCCAGGGGAAGAGACGAGAUCGACCUGCGUCCGUGAUCAAGUCAGUCCCAAGACAGCGACACCACUAG